CCCCUGAAAAAAAAAGAAUGCAGAGUUUUUCCUUGGAAGGGACAGCAGAGGGAGCUGCGAAGAGCAAAGCUACUUCCUUCCGUCCUCUUCUCUUUCUUUUCUUUUCUUCCUUCCUUCCUGCAAAAGCAGGCAUGGCGGCUCCAGGCCUUUGGAGGGCAGUUGUGCCCAAUCUGGGCCGCUUCUGUUCUUUGGCCCGGAUGUCUUCCUCUUUGCCACUCCCUGCUUCUGCCGUGACUGCGCAGAAAGUGCCUCCCAAUGACAUGAGCGAAAGGUUGCUGACGGAGCCCCUGAAGCACCCCGACUUCUUCAACGUCCAAGAGCUUUUCUCCCUGAAGGACCUUUUUGACGCCCGGGUCCACCUCGGCCACAAGAAGGGAUGCCGCCACAGGUUCAUGGAGCCGUACAUCUUCGGCUGCCGCUUGGAGCAGGACAUCAUCGACCUGGGCCAGACGGCGGCGCACCUCCAGGCCGCCCUGAACUUCGUGGCGCACGUGGCCUUCCGCAAGGGCAUCCUGCUCUUCGUCACCCGCCACCGGCAGUUCUGCCACCGGGUGGAGAGCGCGGCCCGGGAGUGCGGGGAGUACGCCCACGCCCGCUACUGGCAGGGGGGGCUGCUGACCAACGCCCCCAUCCAGUACGGCCCCGGGGUGCGCCUCCCGGACGCCCUGCUCUUCUUCGGCACGCUCAACAACGCCUUCGAGGCCCACCAGGCCGUCCGCGACGCCGCCAAGAUGGGCAUCCCCACCGUGGGCGUGGUCGACACCAACUGCAACCCGGACCUGGUCUCGUACCCGGUGCCCGGCAACGACGACAGCCCCUCCGCCGUCGAGCUCUACCUGCGGCUCUUCAAGGUGGCCGUCCUGCGCGCCAAGGCCAAGCGCCGGCAGCUGGAGGCCCUGUACGAGGCCCAGAGCCAGCAGGAGUGAGCGGGCGGCCGGGCGGGCAGCCUCGCAGGGCUGGCGUCGCCAGAAAUUAUACUUUACAAGUAUUCUGGGAUUUUGUAUAGUCACCAGAAAUUACACAGACUUGGACUGAGUUGGAGUUCCAAACGCCUGCUGUUUCAUAGGGCUGAUCUUCUGGGUUUCUUGGCAUGACUUGGGUCAGGGAUGAUGGGAGUUGCAGUCCAAAACUUUAACUCAGUGUUUCCCAAAUUAUGGUUUUUGUAAUGUUUUUCAUUUCAGAUCCGAUCAGCAAGAGAGAGAGUGUGACUUUAUAGACUUGGGUCAGGGAUGAUGGGAGUUGCAGUCCAAAACUUGAACUCACUGUUUCCCAAAUUAUGGUCUUUUGAAAGGUUUUCAUUUCAGACCCCAUCAGCAAGAAAGUGUGACUUUAUAGGCUUGGGUCAGGGAUGAUGGGUGUUGCAGUCCAAAACAUUAACUCAUUGUUUCCCAAAGUAUGGUCUUUUGAAUGGUUCAUUUCAGAUCCCAUCAGCAAGAAAGAAAGCGGAACUCUAUAGACUUGGGUCAGGGAUGAUGGGUGUUGCAGUCCAAAACUUUAACUCAGUGUUUCCCAGAUUAUGGUCUUUUGAAUGGUUUUCAUUUCAGAUCCCAUCAGCAAGGAAGAAAGCAGGACUUAAUACACUUGGGUCAGGGAUGAUGGGCAUUGCAGUCCAAAACUUUAACUCAGUGUUUCCCAAAUUAUGGUCUUUUGGAUAGUUUUCAUUUCAAAUCCCAUUAGCAAGAGAGAGAGUGUGACUUUAUAGACUUGGGUCAGGGAUGAUGGGUGUUGCAAUCCAAAACUUUAAUUCAGUGUUUCCCAAAUUAUGGUAUUUUGGAUGGUUUUCAUUUCAGAUCCCAUCAGCAAGAAAGAAAGCGGGACUCUAUAGACUUGGUUCACGGAUUAUGGGCAUUGCAGUCCAAAACUCAUUGUUUCCCAAACUCAUGUAUUCGGGUUGUUUUGGACUUUAGCUCCCAUCAGCAAGAAAGAAAACAACUUUAUAAACUUAGGCCAGGGAUUGUGGGAGUUUCAGUCCAAAACUUGAUCACAGUGUUUCCCAAACUACGGUCUUUUGAUUGUUUUGGACUCCAGCCCCCAUGGGCCCCAAAUAAGCAUGACUUUUCAUAGACUUGAACUGAGUGGGGGAUUAUGGGAGCUGCAGUCCAAAAACCCUAUUUGUUCCUAGCUCUGAUCUUGAGUGUUUCGGACUCCAUCUCCCAUCGGCACUAAAAAGGCAUGACUUUCUAUAGACUUCCAUUGGUCCGAGGAUGCUGGGAGUCGCAGUCCAUAAUCCCCAACUUCCUUUUUAGUACAAAUAAAAGCCUGGGGUUUUUUU